UGUUAUAUCUAUUCAUACAUUUCUUACAAUUGCUUUAAUUUAUUUGGGCAGCUUUUUAAAUAUAUAGUGUAAAAUUAUGAACUACAUUUACACAUUUUAUUAUUUCUUUGUUUUGAAGUUUAAAUUUGCAGAAUGUUAGUUCUUGAAGUAUCUUUGAACGUUGUUUAGCAGGAUGUAAUUGUAUUACUCUUAUAUGGUAAAUAAUAGGUAAAUAAUAAUAGGUCUUAUAUGGUAAUUAACUAUUUUUUUUUUCUUUAUUUAAAUUAAGCAAAUUUUUUUUUUUAAUAUUUUGUAUUUGAAAUUUUUUUUAUAACAGAUGUCUUAUUCAGUAGUUAUUUUUAAUAUUGAUAAUGAAGUGGCAACAGUGUCCAGUAAAUGGUUUAAAGAUUCAGGAUGCGUUUUGUGGCCCAACUGUAGAGUAGGGAAGAAAUUGCAAAACAUGUUACUAAACCAUGAAGAGCCAGGUGCUGACUGGAUUUCUUAUGAAGUACGAGUGUUGUCCAGUAACAUCUUAACUCUCAAAUCAGCAAGGGCAAAGGAGCGACUAGCUGAGGAAAAUUCUGAUCUUAGUUCAGCUGAAGAUGGUAGCAGAAUUAUAUAUGCCCCUAGCAGAUUUAACAGUCAAGAAUAUUGUCAACCACCAUCCAAAAUCAGCAAAUUAACUUCAAAUAGCCAUACCACUUCCUAUUUAAACAACCCCUUGAUUCCUCAUGCACCAUCACUAGUUUCUAAUCCAUCUUUAAUUCAAACUUCAGCAUCGUUUUCUAAUAAAUCAGCACUAGUUCCUGAUUUUUCAAUUUCAAACUCUGUUCAAACUCCAACACCAAUCUCUACUAAUGUUCCUUGUGCACAUCAUUGUACGCAUGUUGUUACGUGGUUUGAGAAAUUAUUUAAAGAAAUACAACAAAUGCGUGCAGAACAGACUGUGAUAAAUCAUCGUUUAGAUCAACAAUGUCAAAAUGAGCAUCAGCAUGUAGAUAGCCAUUUUUUGAAUUGUCUUCCAUUUGAGAGUGAAGUUGAUUUUGAACAAUUCGGUAUAGAGAUAGAUAGUGACAAUGGAAAACGAACUUCUUUGAUACGUUAUUUGCGGAAGAGGUCAGACUCAAAUGUCAACAAGACCAUUCUAAAUAUAUUAAGAAGUUUAUUAAAGGACAAUGUUCUUAGUUGUUAUUCUAGAGAUGGGAAACGCGGAAAAAAAAGUUUUUCUUCAGCAAAGGGAAACUUUGUUUCCAUAAUUCUAGAUGUUGUUUUGAAAGUUCAUAAAGGUGUGUCGUUGGUCCAAAUAAAUGUUGCGAUUUCGGAACAAUUAAAGAGACUCAAUCAAAGAAAUCGAAAUUCUAAGUCUACAACAGCUGAAGAAACUACACCUGAAAUUCCAGAGUUUGAUUAA